AUGUAUCUAUGCCUUGAUAGGGAAAAAGAAGGGACAGAGGUGAAACUGUUUGUGAAGGGGAUACCUAACGAACUUACUCAGGAAGGAUUGAAGAACUUGUUUCUGGAGUUUGGGGAGGUCUUGUCAGUGAAGAAGUGUAUAAGCAAAUUUCCUGAGCAGGGAGUAACCUUUGGGUUUGUGAGCUUCAAAACCAUCCGAGAGGCAUUGGCUGCCAUAAAGAAGCUGGAUGGAUUCCAGAUAACGUCAAGGUUUCAUCUGAAGGUGCGAAUAGCUCUGUCCGAUGAAGAGAGAACCAAGCAAAGGAAAAAACGGGAGGUGUGUUCUGAGUUUUGUUUACACGUUCAGCUUCAGAUGUUCAGCUCUGUUUGA